AGUGCUGGUGACGUGGAUAAGUCUGCUUGGUGUUGUGUAUUCUUGUCUUAGUCUGUGGUUACAGGAUACGUUUGUUAGAUAGUAUUUUGUAAUCGUAAUACAACCAUUUUAAACGCUGUUCUGGGCUGGUGAGCUUAGCUGAGAACAGGAAAGAUGGUCACUGAUGUGCAGCUAGCAAUUUUUGCAAAUGUACUGGGCGUGUCCUUGUUCCUUUUAGUAGUUCUUUACCACUAUGUAGCAGUCAACAACCCCAAGAAGCAAGAGUAACUAAUUACUGCUAAGGUUGACAAUUGGGACCAAUUAGUGAUGGAAGAGAAAACAAGAAGACACCUUAUUUCAGACUAUCACAUCUGCUGCUUAUUGUUUCUUGCAGCUUAUGCUAGGAUUGUUUACUAUUGUAAAUGAUUAUGUAAUUCCUUUUCACCUUUGUACAUGCUGAUAGAAAUGUAAAUCCUCACACAAGCAAUUUAUCUGCAAAUACAUCGGAAAAAAAGUC